CGCCAUGAAUCCUCCCACCUUCCCUAUGGAAUUUUCCGGCGAUCCACUUUCGACGAAUCUCACCGGAAGUGAUGACCCGCGGAUUCCGUUGCAGAACCUCUCGACGAUCUCUUCCAGAAUGGAUGCCGUCCAAAUCUUCCUAUCCGAGAAUAUCGACAGAGAAAUUCGCAUCAGCAAUCAACAGAUGGAUGCGGUUUCGUCUGAAAUCGCCUCCGUAAUCCAGCAGAUCGUCGUCAACGGCGCCGCUCUUCUAGCCUGCGCGCAAGUGAAAACCUCGAAUACGCCGGAUUUGAAAGCCUCGACGAGUCGAACUCAUUCGAUUCCGGUUACAGAGAAAUCAAUGGUGGAGCUGAAGGUCGAGGGUGUAGAUGAGAUUACGAGAAUCGAAUCCGAGGAUUUUGAAAUGAAUUGUGAAUUAGUGGAGCUGGACGCGAUGGAACUGCUAGCGGAGCACAUCCAUUUCUGUGAAAUCUGCGGGAAAGGGUUCAAGCGGGAUGCGAAUUUGCGGAUGCACAUGCGGGCCCAUGGGAAUCAAUUCAAGACCCCUGAGGCGUUGGCCAAGCCGUUAGAUGGUGUUGUCGUGGACCACAAGGCGAAGCGCACGCGGUUUUCGUGCCCUUACGAUGGCUGUGUAAGGAACAAAACGCACAACAAGUUUAGGCCGUUGAAAUCGUUGAUUUGCGUCAAGAAUCACUUCAAGCGGAGCCACUGCCCCAAGAUGUUCUCCUGCAAUCGGUGCAACAAGAAGAAUUUCUCUGUAAUGGCGGACUUGAAGAGCCACUUGAAGCACUGCGGGGAGUCGAAGUGGCGGUGUUCGUGUGGGACGACCUUUUCCCGUAAGGAUAAGUUGUUCGGUCAUAUGACGCUGUUCGAAGGCCACAUGCCGGCGGUGGCGGACGACGACGAUGGGAAAGGGAAAGCCACGGCGGCGGAGGCGGCGGCGACGCCGGAGAUGGAUGAAGAUGGGGACAGUAAUCGGAUUUUGAAGGACGUUAAUUUCCCAGACGCCUGGAAUAGUCCGGAUGAUGGAUCUUUCGAAUCGUUUCUUGAUGGGUUUGGUUCGAUUGAGAAUCACUGUUUGCAGGAGGUGCUGGGAUUCCCUCAUAGUUUCGAUUCGGAAUCGGAAUGGAAAUUUUGUUCUGAUUAGAGAUCUGUUCAUACGAAAUUCUUUGUUCAGAUUUGGAACUCUCAUCAGUCUGCAUUUGAUUCAUUUGCUUUUAGUUCUUGACUCUGAUUAUUAGAUUUGUCUACAUUGAAACUUGAAUUUUGAAAUUA